AUGUCCCUAACACCCGUCAGAUCGACGCCCACAAAGCAAAUCUCGUCCCCAUCCGCCUUUACAGAAAGCCCCGGCAACUGGAAACACCCUCGCCUGGCCGAGAUCACAGAGCGCCAAGCCAGAACCACCUUCUCCCAAAAGAACGUCCUGCAAAUCGUCUAUAAUGUCGUCGCAAUUGCCGGCGUUCAAGUCCUGAGAAGAUUUCUUCUUCCGCACCUCCCGAUAAGACUAGAAAAACUCCCCUACGGUUCUUACAUCCCCCUAACCCUCCUCCUAAUCCCCCUCUUCAACAUCCUCCUCGCCCUCCUCCCCUUAGUCCGCCCCAAGGACGACCUCUCCGACAUACCCCUCACCCCCGCCCAGCGCGACCUCCUCGGCCUUCCCCCCAUCAGAGCACCCCCCACCCCCGCCUCGGACAUCUCAACCCCCCCGAAAUACUCCCGCACCCCCUCCAUAGCCGGCUCCCCCUCCGGUUCUUACACCUCCUCCCCCUUGUCCAACCGCAGCACCCCCUUGGGGAAUUACUCACCCUCCCCGACCAAAGCCGCCAAUUUGGUCAGCCCUCUCCUGCAAAAGGCAACGCAAAAUACCGGGAGGAGGGGAAGCUUCAGCAAUAGUCUGAAUAGUUCUACCAUGAGCUUCGCGAGCAGCACGACGAGCAACAACAGCUUUGCGAGCUCGACGGGGAGUUUUGGGGAUAGUGUGAGGGAUAGUUAUCUGCAUACGCCGACGCCGGUGAAUGGGAAGAGGAGCAGUGUGGCGUUGAAUAGCAAGUGGUUGUAUGAGAGGGGGAGGAGGGGGAGUAGUAGCAGUUGGUUGAGGCAGGAUGGUUUCUGA